AUCUCCUCCCCUCCCCAGUCUCCUUCCUCCUCCCCCUAUCCGGAAGCUCUCAGCUGGAGAUGGCAUCUUUGCGAGCAGCCUCUCAGUCCUGAUCGUAACGACUUCCAGACUUUGCAGAAAGCGGGGAGGAAAAGGAUUUUGUUUGUGCUGUUGGGAGGGAAGAGGUGGGAUAAACGAGCUCCCAUUCAGUUGGACUUGGACUUAAUUGGAAAGAGCAAGUCAUGUUCUUCCCAGACGCAGGUUAGGUGGAAGGCACCACAAGCUAUCGAUGAAAGAUUGUGUGAGGACCAUAAGAUUGUUGCUGCUGAAGUGUCUCCGGAUACAACUCUGCAUACUCUCUCUCUCUCUCUCUCUCUCUCUCUCUCUUUCUCUCAACAAUGGAUAUUGGAAAAACGAGCGUCAGCAUCAAUAAGGCUAUUAAUGCACAGGAAGUUGCUGUGAAGGAAAAACACGCCAGAACAUGCAUUCUGGGUACGCACCACGAGAAAGGCGCUCAGACGUUCUGGUCGGUUGUGAACCGAUUGCCGCUGUCCAGCAACGCAGUCCUUUGCUGGAAAUUUUGCCAUGUGUUUCACAAGCUGCUUCGAGAUGGACAUCCAAGUGUUUUGCUGGACUCCAUGCGAUAUAAGAAUGAGCUGAACGACAUGAGCAGGAUGUGGGGUCACUUAAGUGAAGGUUAUGGGAGACUGAGCUGUACCUACCUCAAACUAUUAAUAACAAAGAUGGAAUUCCACAGUAAAAAUCCCAGAUUCCCAGGAAAUCUCCAGAUGACAGACAGACAACUAGAGGAGACGGGUGAAAAUGAUGUAAAUAACUUUUUUCAGUUGACAGUGGAAAUGUUUGAUUAUCUGGAAUGUGAGCUCAACCUUUUCCAGGCAGUCUUUAGUUCCCUGGACAUGUCGAGAUCUGUAUCUGUAACAGCAGCUGGCCAGUGUCGAUUGGCUCCUUUAAUCCAGGUUAUUCUUGACUCCAGUCACCUAUAUGACUAUACUGUUAAACUCCUCUUCAAGUUACAUUCCUGUCUCCCAGCAGACACUUUACAAGGCCAUCGUGACCGAUUCCAUGAGCAGUUCAGAAAACUGAAAGAAUUAUUUUAUAGAUCCAGCAACUUGCAAUAUUUCAAGCGGCUGAUCCAGAUUCCACAGCUCCCAGAGAACCCUCCUAACUUUCUGCGAGCCUCAGCGCUGUCAGAGCACGUCAGCCCUGUUGUCGUCAUCCCUGUUGAAUCCACCUCCCCCGACAGCGAGCCAGUUGUGGAAACAGACGAUCUGGUUGAGAUGAACUCCUCAUCCCAGCAGAGUUUAUUUGAUAACAAGUUUGAUGACCUGUUUGGAAGUCCUGGGCGCACUGACCCAUUCAAUUUUAACAGCCAGAAUGGAAUGUCUAAGGAUGAAAGGGAUAAAUUGAUCGAACAACUCUACAAGGAGAUUGCGUCACUGAAGGAAGAAAUGGCGAGUUUUAAAUUAGAGAGCAAGCGCUUGAUCUUGCAGCUGAAGGGUCGAAUCAAUGAGUUGGAGGCAGAGCUGGCUGAGCAGCAGCACCUGAAGCAACAAGCGUUGGAUGAGAAUGAAUUUCUGAAGGCUGAACUUGAGGAAGUGAAGAAAAGACAAGGUGACACAGAGAAAGCCCAGAGGAGCCUCUCAGAGAUUGAACGCAAAGCUCAAGCCAAUGAACAAAGAUACACAAAACUAAAAGAGAAGUACACAGAACUGGUUCAGAACCAUGCGGAUCUGCUGCGGAAGAAUGCAGAGGUAACGAAGCAAAUGACAUUGUUUCGUCAGACGCAGGAGGACAUGGAGCAGGUGAAGAAGGAGCUAGAGGAGACUGUGCAUCAGCUGAAAGAAGAUAUUCAGCAGAAAGCUCAGGAGCAGACUUGUGUCCUAGAAUCCUUGCAGAAGGAACUCAGAUCCAGGACUGAGGAGCUAGAAACUCUGAAAAACUCACAUGAGGACUCUGAACAGGCAAGUGUAGUGAUGGCAUCAACAAUUGAAUCUCUGACGUCAGAAAAGAAGGCAUUAAAUGAGGCCGUGGAUCAGAAGGAGAGUACAUUAACUGUACUACAAGAUGAGGUGGAGCAGCUGAAGGAGGCACUCUCAGCAGAGAGGGACAGUACUAGCCGGAUGGUUGAGGGGCUGCAGAAUCAGCUGAAUGAAAAAGAGAACCACGAGCAAGCUCUGGAGAAGCAGCUACUCGAUGAACAGUUUGCUCUGCUAUGCUGUGCGCUGGAGGAGGCAGAAGGAAUCGUUCAGGAUGCACUCAGCAGGUUGGAUGAUCCCCUUCAUGUUGGCUGCACUAGUUCUGCAGAUUAUCUUAUCACAAGAGGUCAGACUGCGCUGGAUUCCCUCAACAGGCUACAGGAUGGACACACCAAGUAUCUUUCUGAUAGAUCAGAUGUCAGCAAUCUUCUGCAGUCAGUCACCCUCUUUACCCAUUUGAUGGGAGACACCAUUGUUCAGGGUAGUGCCACCUCCCAUAUGGUACCAAUGGAACAGGCAGAUCGUCUGUUGGAAGCGUGUAAGCAGUGCGGGAGUGAGGUACUUUCCUACUUCUCCAGUUUGAAGGACACUACAACUUUGAGCAGUGCAGAUUGCACUAAAGUGCGAGAAGGUCUGAACCAGAUAAAUGCAAUUGGGGAGGAGCUAAGGCCUAAAGGAAGAGACAUCAAACAAAAGGAGCUGGGUGAUCUGGUGGAACAGGAGAUGGCUGCCACAUCAGCAGCUGUUGAAGUUGCUACUGCAAGGAUAGAGGAAAUGCUGAGCAAGUCGAGGGCAGGAGACACAGGAGUGAAGCUGGAGGUGAAUGAGAGGAUCCUUGCCUCCUGCACUGAUCUGAUGCAUGCAAUCAAAAUGUUGGUUCUGACAUCGAAGGAUCUGCAGAGAGAUAUAGUGGAGAGUGGAAGGGGGGCAGCAUCGCAGAAAGAGUUCUACGCUAAGAACUCCCGGUGGACUGAAGGCCUCAUCUCUGCAUCAAAGGCUGUAGGCUGGGGAGCCACCGUGUUGGUAGAUGCUGCAGACAUGGUUGUCCAAGGAAAGGGAAAGUUUGAGGAGUUGAUGGUGUGUUCUCAUGAGAUCGCAGCUAGUACAGCACAGCUGGUGGCUGCAUCCAAGGUGAAGGCAGAUAAAGAUAACGCUAACCUUGGAAAACUGCGGCAGGCAUCUAAGGGAGUAAACGAGGCAACAGCCAGUGUAGUGGCUUCCACUAAGUCAGGAAAAUCCCAGAUUGAAGAAACAGACACAAUGGAUUUCUCCAGCAUGACACUGACACAAAUCAAGCGACAGGAGAUGGACUCACAGGUUCGCGUUUUAGAACUGGAGAGCCAACUACAGAAAGAGAGGCAGCGUCUGGGAGGACUGCGGAAAAAGCAUUACGAGCUGGCAGGAGUCUCUGAGGGCUGGGAUGAAGAUACCAAGUAAGCCCAGAGUGGAGAAGGAAGAGCAGAGCUUGGGAGAAUAUAGUCUCCAGUCCAAGACUGAAUGAACAGUGCAAACUUUCUGUACAAACAAAACACAGUCCAUUCUUUCCAGCACCAAGAGGAUCUGUGCAGUAACCACAAACCUUGACUGGGAACGGUCCUCCAUUUCUGUAUCAGUGUUUUCCACUUGUAUUCUGGAUGCUAUUACUAUCAAGAUGAGACAGUUCUGUUCCUUUAUUUAUUAUAUGUAUAUUUUUUUUCCUUUAUAUUUGCACACUAGUGGUAAGUAUUGUGUUAGUGUGUUCAUUUCCAAUGCCCACAUCAAAUCUUGGUUUAACUAUUGAUACCCCUUUUGUUGGCAUAUAUCGGUAACCUGCCAGCAAAACAUGGGACUGUCAUAACUUCCAAGUAUUUUGGUUUUUCCUCCACUCAAAGCAGAGGUUUAGUGGGUAAAGGUACCACUUGCUAGAGUGCUAAGCUAUAAAGACCAGAAUGACCCAAAUUUGCCUUUGCUCAGUUGGCUGCUAUAGCCUGGGGCAGCAUUUGGGGCACCCCUAUUGGUCUUCGUGCUGACAAGUUAGGAACAGCUAAAUAAAAAUAAGCUAGCCUCCCUGCUCUUGCUUGUUGAUAUCUAACAUGCUUAAAAAAUGGAUAUGACAAGGGUGAUGCCCUCCAACAUUAACUCAUUUACCAGCAUUCACUGUCCAGGCCGGCUGAAAAGGUGUGCCCAUUUGAUAAUGUCGUCAGAGGAUGGGUGACACCCCUUUGGAGCUGUGGCGUGUAUGGCAUGGCAGUAGUGUCUUCAGCAGCAAUGGUGAGAAGAUAAAUUAUUUGGUUGUCCUGUUUAUACAAAGGAAGUGACCUUCCAGCCAUUGGAAGUCCCAUUGUGUUUUGUUCAUCACCAAGAGGGGAAACUUAUGGUCUACUCCCAGGUUUCUGUCAUUACCUUACAUGUGUCAUUUGCCCAACUGGUCUAUACUGGUGUUUAUGCUCCACAGGAGCCUCCUUCCAUCUUACCCUAUUAAUAUAUUCUUCCAUUCUUUUCUCCUUCAUGUACUUAUCAAACUUCCCCAUUGUGCUAGCUAACUGGCUGAUGAUAACAUCUUUCCUUUCAAAAUCAUUUAUUUUUGAUUUCCCCCAUCUCCUUUGCGCAUGGUGGAAUUUGCUGCUACAGUAACCAUCUUGAGGGUCAAGCUACUAUCCUAUCUUGUUAUGGGGAAUUAUGGAGGUAGAAAUGAAAGAGUAAAACAGCCACAUAGCUUCCACUUCUAACUCCAUUUCCAAAAAAUGGAACACUUAAAUCCUGUGGUCUCUUGGACAAGGCAUUGAGGGACUGCUGGCAUCCUUGGAACAAUAUCCCGGAGUGAGACUGAGACAUUGGGAUAUUCCAGUGAAAGUUGAUGUCUCGAGUAAGGAAGAAAUGAAAAAACAACAUUUCUAAACAGUUUAUCAAUCGAUGCCUGCAAAACAAUAAUGUAAUGUCACUUUUGAUAUAAAUAUUGUGCUGGUGAAGGGGGUUCACUAGUUAAUUCCAGUGAGAGAACAUUUGAGUUUGUUGCUGUUCGGCGAAAAAUGUGUUUUUAAAGAGUUGUUCAGACUGAAUUAACAGCUAAGUAUUACUUUCGCUGCCAGUUCUGCUAAUGUAUUUCAAAGUGUCUUGACUAUUACCUUUCCUAAAAAUGUUGGACUUUUUUUUUUCUCUCUUUCAUAUCAACUUAUAAUGACGUUUCUUUCAGGAGAAAAGUUUGAAUUGAGUUGCUCAAAGUUCUAUUAGUUGAACAUUGAUUGUGAGUGCCCACCCACGCCCUGUGUAUGAAAACUGCUGAGAGUACGUUUCCCCUUUCAUUGUGAACUAUGACUGAUCAUUUGCAGGAGCUCAAAUGCUGUAGCAUUACUCUUUAAUCCCAUGCACACUUACAGAAGCGAUACCCUGCACCCAAGCUCUUGUAAUGAACUUGUUCCAACUUUGUACACGCCCGACUUUAUACUUUUUAAUAUUUGUUUAAAAUCAUAAAAAUGGAGAUUUUCAGCUUC